AUGCCCGUUCUCACGAGUAGGAGUGUUCCCCGUCGCAGAAUCGCGACUCUGGACGCAUCCAAGACCGCCAGCCCGAAGCCGUAUUACGUGACGACACCGAUAUUCUAUGUCAAUGCCUCUCCUCACGUUGGCCAUAUGUACAGCAUCGUCCUCGCAGACUCGCUGAAGCGAUGGCAGGCCCUCAAAGGAAACAAGGCGUUACUCUGUACGGGCACCGACGAGCACGGCAUGAAGGUCCAGAGGGCUGCGGCUCUCGAGGAUGUGUCUCCCAAGCAGUUAUGCGACGCCAAUUCCGCGACCUUCAAGGACCUAGCCCAGAAGGCGAAGGUCGACAACGACUUCUUCAUCCGCACGACCGAUCCCGACCACGUCGACGCCGUGAAGCACUUCUGGUUCCUGCUGAAUAAUAAGGGUUUUAUAUACGAGUCUAGGCACGAAGGCUGGUACUGCGUCAGCGACGAAUGCUUCUACCCCGAGUCCGUGAUCGAGAAGAAGAUAGAUCCGAUGACGGGGCGGGUGCACAUGGCCUCGGUCGAAACGGGGAACAUGGUCGAAUGGAUCGAGGAGAAGAACUACCACUUCCGUAUGACGGCGCUCAAGGACAGAUUGCUGGCAUUCUACGAGCAGAACCCCGAAUGGGUCGUUCCUGCGUCUCGGAUGAAUGAGGUGGUCUCGUGGGUCAAGAACAACCUCGAGGAUCUGUCAAUAUCGCGGCCAUCCGAGCGCCUAACCUGGGGUAUUCCUGUCCCAGACGAUCCGAGCCAGACAAUAUACGUCUGGGUCGAUGCGCUCAUCAACUACAUGACGAAGGCCGGGUUCCCCAAUUGGGCUCCUGGCUCCGAACAUGAAGGCGGGUGGCCGGCAGACGUCCACGUCAUUGGGAAAGACAUUGUCCGUUUUCACUGCGUCUACUGGCCUGCCCUGCUCCUAGCCCUGGACCUCCCGUUGCCGAAGCGCAUCCUCAGCCACGCUCACUGGACAUUGGGCAGGAGGAAGAUGUCCAAGUCGAUCGGGAAUGUGGUCAACCCCUUUUUCGCCAUUGAUCGAUGGGGCGUCGAUACCAUGAGGUUCUUCCUCCUGCACGACGGUGGUAUUGCGGAUGAUUCCGACUACAGCAAUGCGGCCAUCGUCGACAGGUACAAGAAGCACCUUCAAUGGAGCCUGGGCAACCUCACAGGGCGGAUUACGCGGCCGAAGGCGUGGGACGUCAGGUUCAACGUCGAAAUGGCCGAGAGACUCCCGCCUAUUGGCGACGUACAAAACCUCCAAUCGGCCCAAGACACGCUCCUAAAGGGUUUCCCGGAGGCGGUGUCGGCUCAAAUGGACGCGCUCAACCCAGCCGGUGCUUUGCGAGAAAUAAUGAGCGUGAUAACCCAGACGAAUAAGUUCAUAACGGACGCACAGCCGUGGGUGGCCGCCAAGGCCAAGAACCUGAACCUACGGGAGGAGCAAAAGCUGCGCAGAAGUGUGUAUCUUGCUGCCGAAUCUUUACGCUUGUCCGGUAUCCUGCUGCAGCCCUUCAUUCCGGACAAGGCUGGAGAGUUGCUCGACAUUCUCGGGGUGGAUGAGAGCCGGAGAAAGUUCGAUGAUGCCAAGGUGGGCGCCGACUUUACUUACGGAGUACCAAAGCGCGACCCGGGCAAGUCGGCAUACGAUGGGCUUUUCCCUCCCCUCGCUGUUGAGGACAACAAAUUCUAUACGAUCCAAAAGCCUAUCCCCAUCCGCAGUAUCGUUGUUCGUCAGACCGGCUAUUAUUGCCUAGGAGAACCCAUCAGACUAACAUUAAGUCAAGCCGUCUCGGCCUCCAAAGUGCUUCUCGUGCCCUACGACCGCCACCAUGUCUUGAAAUAUCAUGCCUGGAUGGGCGAUCCGGCAAAGGCGACGGCCUCGGAAAGACUCAAUCUGGAGGAGGAGUAUGAGAACCAGGAGUCGUGGCGGGCAUCCCACGACAAGCUGACCUUCAUCAUCUGCCGACCGGCGCCAGGUGUGGCCGCCAGCCUUGACCCUUGCGAGGCCGGCGCCGUUGGUACGCCGGACUGCAUGAUUGGCGAUGUCAACUUCUUUAUCUAUCCUUGGGACGACGAGGAGGGCGAUGAUGGUGAUGAUGAAAAGCAGGCCGGCGGUAGCAGUGGUGGGACAAGGCUCUGCGUCGGCGAGGUCGACAUCAUGAUCGCCGAUCCCGAGGACCGCUGCAAGGGCUUUGGGCGGGCCACUCUCGCGACAUUCCUGCAUUACAUCCUCCGCAACUCUGCCAGCAUCUUGGGCGAGUACGCGUCGGGGGUCCCAGGCGUGGAAGCGCGACCGGUGGCGCUGAGGCAGUUCAUGGCGAAGAUCAAGGCCAGCAACGAGGGCAGCAUCGCGCUGUUUAGGAGUCUGGGGUUCACGCAGCGGGGCGGCACGGAUUACUUUGGCGAGAUCAAGAUGAUCCUGGACCUCGAUGACUUUGCCAAGCUCGUCGAUUACGUCCCAGAACAAUAUGCUGAGGUGGAGUACCGCCGGACAGACGACACGGUAUAA